GUAAAAGUACCCAGGGUAGCCUGCAUUUUGGAACCCUACUGACUUGACUUAGAAAAUGUCUUCACUAGCACCUUCAAGGCUUAUCGCCUCAGACGUGCAUUGACUUCAGCAAACUAUACUCUAACCCGUAUCUCGUGCUAUUUUUCUACAUGUCUCAAAUCAAGACGCUCAAUACCCGAAAACCCGAAAUAACUACAUGUCCUCGUACUCUUCGGGCUUUGUGGCGUCCAGUCUGGCAUUUUAUUGGCAAAAAAUCCGCCAUUUUUCAUUCUCUGAUACACUGCCGAUCCAUCUCUGAACAAGAUUUCUGAAGAUAUAUUUUCAAAUUUCAGGCGGGUAUGAUCGAACCUGCUACACUGGAUACUCCAUGGUUUGGAGAUGUUUGGACGAAUGAGUGUACCUCUAAGAAGCCAGAAUAGUAUAAAUUGACCGAUGGAUUCCUGGUUUUUCUUCAUCACCAAGAAUCGUAACUCGAGCUAUCCUCAAACUCCUCCAUCCCAAACCUUCACUUCGCU